ACCGAUGCCUUAUCCAUUAGGCCACAGGGGCUCUUGAACAAAUUUAGCCUAAGGGCUGCGUCACAAAGAAAAUACAAAGCCCUCGUAAAAGUCUGUUUUUAUUUUAGGCAGUGUUUCACUGGACGCUGAGAAUAGCAAGAGCGAAUUGAAAAAAAAUAAAUGAACUAUUUGUUCCCAUUUUCACGUGUCUUCGCAGAUAACCGAGGGAAAAUGUCGAAAUAUUUGAGCGACAGAAUUUAAAUGAUUCCCUUGAUAACUUUUUUGAUAAUUCCCUUUUUCACGUACAAAUGAAACUAUUCAAUGCUCAAGUGACAAACUCAACAGAUUUUUAGAUAACUAAUCAUAACCGAGAAGGGUCCAAGAUGCCGUCGUCGAAAGUUACGAAGACUUCUGAAUCUCGACAAGAUAUGGCAAAAGAAAGAGCAACAGCUAACGUUACGUUCGAUUUAACUCAGGAGGUUCGGUGCGAUGAUUUCGUUGAAGUAAUUAAUAGAAAAAAAUCAUAAACUGUUAGGUUUUAAACGUGAAAGACAAUCAAUUAAGGGGCACAACUAUCCCUGAUAUUUAACAGGGAAACAUUCCAGAGGAUAUAAUCUUUCCCGAGGAACUUAACAAAUUUUUACGAGAUCAAAUACGGGUGAGGAAUUAACAAACUUCACUGAUUGGGUGUCAAGAAUUUCCUGAAACACUCUGAGAAAUCUUCCCUCGUAGGAAUUGACUGCAGAGAAUGGAAGUCUUCGUCGAUCUUUGGACGAAUGUGAAGAAAAAUUAUCAAAACUAACGGAUAGGAAAAGCGAGUCUCAUACCGAGAUCAUGUCUGCAGCUGCACUAAUUCCCGGAUCUGUACGAGCGAGUGAAAUCGCUGCCUCAAAAAUCGUUGAACUAAGUAAAAAAUGCAGGGAACGAACCGCUGAAGUAGAAGCUCUGAAAACGAAGUGCAAGAAUUUGGAAUCGAAAUUAUCAGAGAGUGAAAUCCGCCUUCAGUGUAAAAAAUCUCGAGGAAAUGGAAUGACUGGAAAAUCUUCGUACGAUUCUGGUGAUGGUAAUAUCGAUCGUCCUUUAACUUUGGAAGAAGAAUUGAAGUGUAGAGAAGAAGAGACGAAAGUUCUCAGGGAAAAACUUCAUCAUAUAAACUCAAAACUGUACGAAUCAAAGAACACGUGCACCUAUCUACGUCAAGAGAUAAACAAGGCUCAGAAGUUAUUAUGUAGCGAGGUCGGUGACAACGUUACGAUAGCAAGUUUAGCAUCAUCGGGCCAACAAAAUGGAUGGCGAGGAAGAGCCGAACAGAUUCAACAACUCCAACAAAAGAUUACCGAGUUGCAAAGCAAACUUAGCGAAUACGAAGGAACCUGUAAAGGUUCGGUAACAGGUGACGAUAUUGCUCCUAUUAUGAAACUAGAUACAAUUCAUUCUUUCGUUGAUACAAAUUCCAACGCAACUCAAAAAUUAUACAUGGCAGCUCUAACGGAGAGAGGGCGAUGUUCGAGGAAUCUGCGGAACAUCGAAAAGGAAAAAAGACAAAAGGCCGAAGAAUCGGCAAAGGAACUUCGGGAGAUGACUUUAGCUCUAGAGGCAUCUAAGCGGAAACAGGACGCAGCAAAAGCUCGAAUAAAAGUUUUAGAAAACGAUCUAACAACUGCCAAACAAAGCGUCGCGAUUAUGAACGAAAAAAGAUCACACGACGAUCAGUUAAUUCAAGCUUUGAAUGUGAGUUGUAAAUCAUUUAGUUUGAUUAAAUGUGAUACAGGCCAAAGUACAGAAAUUUUAAUCAAUUUUUCUCUCACUGACCGAUCGGAAAGAAACCAGAGUUCGACAAUUAGCUGCAAUUAUCGAAACAUUUCUCCACCUUCACGUGGCAAAUCUUUGAAUAGUCCAACUGUGGCAUCCCGAAGUAAUGGAGAUUACAACGAAUAUGUAAUUUUGGGAAUGGCCGCAGAAGCGGAGAGAAAACGUCUCCUAGAAUUGGUGGUAGUUUUGAAUAGAAGACUCGACGAAGAGAGAUUUGCGACAGACAAAAUGGGCGAGACGCUACGUAAUGAGAGGAAUAAAUUAGCUAGACUUGAAACAAAACUCCAGAGACUUGAGAUAGAAAGAGUGGGUGUAACAAGUGGAUUACACGGCGGCUACAAAUUACGUUCUUCAAAAUCAGCCACGGCUACGACUACUAACGAAAAUUCACAGGACGACACACGUUUCAAGAUCGAAUUACUCGAAGAAAAGUGUCUAGCCCUGGAAGCAAGAUUGGCUACAGUACAGCGCGAUAAAACCUCAGAUCUCACACUCUAUACGCAGAUGUUGGAUCAAGCCAGAAAAACUUUUCAAGACGCGUACAGAGGGAAAACUCCCGCCUCCAAUAGCUGUUCAAUGAUUACGAUAUAAAAAUGGAUGGAAACAAUUUGAAACGUUUCGCAAAGUGUAAUCGUAAUUGCGCACUUCAAGGCAUAAAUCUGGAUGAUCUGCUUUAAAAAUAGAUGUGUAUAUGGCUAUUUAAUUUAAUGAAUAAAUUAACGAACAAAGAUGAGAGGAAAAAUGUAAUAAGAGUGUUCACGGAGCUUCUCCAUCUGUUACACGUGUAGAAAUUAUAAGCAGGAGUACUUGUACCUAAUAUACUUAUAUGCAUACGUAGUAUUAUAAACGGUGCUCAGGAUCA